CAGUGGUUAAUGGUGUGGGGUACAAAGUGCUCCUGAUGACAGUGUAGCCCAUGGAUAGUCAGGAUACUGACGACAGUGAAACCGAGCUCGCCUCAUCUUCUGGUGGAGAGCCAGCAAGCAGGGUCCCACGUGAUCCAAACCUGGAUCCGAGGGAGGUAUCAGACGGCCCAGGUGACCAAGCUGUGGGACAAGAUGCAGACUCCCAAAAUGAUGAACAACCAGCAGAUCAAAACCAACGUGCGUCCAGUGUAGAAAAAGACAGUGACCCCAGAACACUCUCCUUCCCGAGGAGGCUCUGGAAGAUUGUUGAGGAUGACGCUUUCGAGUCUGUGCACUGGGAUGAUGAUGGACACACUGUGAUCAUAGAGCAAGACCUUUUCCAGAGGGAAAUUCUUCGCCGGAGAGGCGUGGACAGGAUUUUUGAAACAGACAGCAUGAAAACCUUCAUUUGCCAAAUGAACCGCUAUGGAUUCAGCAAAAUACGCCCAAAGGCCUCUUCAGCUGAUUCUCGGGGGAACAAGAAACUUAUGUUAAACCUUACAGGAACCGCAAUUUUCAGAGACCAGCCUGGGCUCCUGGAGAACAUUCACAGUAAAGGUGACCUCAGAAACACUGCUCCUCCAGCAACCUGUGCACCAACCACAAAGAGAAAGAAGCUGGUACCUACGAGACAAUCCCUACGAAUCCAACACAUUAACGCCAAGAAAGAAGCCAACAGCAAGUCCCAGGCUGAAGCCCCAAAUGUCCAGGGACCCAGUAACCCUCAGUUCUCCAUGUUCCGUGGGGGUACACGGUCUAGGAGCAGUGUUGCUAGACAUCCCAUAGGAAAUCGUCCCCCUCAAGAGCCAAAUGAUCCCAGUAGGAGGGAAGUCACCUCUGUGAAAGUUCGGUGUGAGCCCAGGGCCGACACUGGGAUGGAAGGUGCAGGGGAUCCGGUACCCAACCUCCCACUUUACCCAGGCAAUGGUUUCCGAAUGUCCAUGUAUUGCAUCUAUUAUCCCAUUCGGAUGGCUUCCCUCUUAGUAACGUCUCCCAUUGAGCUGCCCAACAACGAGGAGCAGGAGGGCUCCUCCGAGUGUACAUGUGCAUUCUGUGAACAGUUUAAGGACAAUCCAGGUCUCUAA